GCGCAGUAUGACGCUCGCGAACGCCUAGUCGUGUCCACCCGCCGCCACCGCGUCCGCCGGUCUGCUGCCGGCCCCGAACUCGACUCGCAGGUAAUUCGUUCGUUCGUUCAUCGUCGGUUCGCGAUUGUCUUGAACCUGAACCGUCAAAGCCCGCUUGGUCGCGCAGUCGCCGGUUCGACGCAAUCGAUUGCGGGUCCAUUGGCCGAUCGCACGUCGUCGUCGUGUCGUUAUAUUUCCGUUCUGCGACGCGGAACACGUGCCCCGCGGCAGUACAAUCGAUUCGAUAAAUCCCGCCGCAAUAGUAGUACCUGACAGCAUCCGCGACGGUCACGGCACAAUUAGCGUAACACCCGUUGUAUUCGAUAUCGUAUCUCCUGCCCGAGCGGCUUUUGCGUUUUUCAGGACGAUCGUAGCCCGCACAGGAGAACGACCACGCGGACGUUUCGGCUCAGCGCGAGGCCACGUCGUGACGACCGCGGUUGACCACCGUCUCCGCCGACCACAAUCCGUCCCGUUGGGUGACCAGCUGCGCGCGUGAGCGGAUACGUCCGGAGGAACGCCCCGUCGUGCGCGAAUCGAUAAGUGUGAUAAUGGCCGACGACAUUAAAGUACUUUGGCGUGAUGUAGAUGCAGUUUGUUUUGAUGUUGAUUCUACAGUUAUUCAAGAAGAAGCGAUUGACGAAGUUGCCAAAUUUUGCAAUAAAGGAGAAGAAGUUAAGAAAUUGACUAACAGUGCGAUGUCAGGUAAGAUGGACUUUAGAGAAGCACUCGCGGCUCGACUUCAAAUAAUUAAACCGUCUUUGCAACAAAUUCGAGAUUUCAUAAAGGAACAUCCGUUCCAUUUGACUCCUGGCAUUAGAGAGCUUAUUCAAUUAUUGCAACAAAAAAAUAUACCUGUAUAUUUGAUAUCUGGCGGAUUCCGUGGCCUCAUUGGACCAAUAGCUAUAGAAUUAAGUAUUCCUCUGCAACAUAUUUUCGCCAAUAAGUUAAAGUUUUUUUUAAAUGGUGACUACGCUGGAUUUGACGAAAAAGAACCUACGUCUAAAAAUGGUGGAAAAGGUGAAGUUAUAAGUAUGCUCAAAGAAAAAUACGGUUAUACCAAGUUGUUUAUGAUUGGUGAUGGAAUUACCGACUUAGAAGCAUGUCCCCCUGCUGAUGCAUUCAUUGGGUUUGGUGGUAAUGUGCUUCGAGCAGAAGUUAAAUCUAAAUCAAAGUGGUACGUUGAAAGUUUUCAAGAACUUAUUGAUACUCUGUGACUAUAAAAAAGAAAACAAUAUACAAUUUGUAAUUAUAAUCACUUUUGCUAAAUACUGCAAUAAUCUAUCUAUACAUACAAACAAUUUAUAAAACAAUUAGGUACAGUAACUUCAGUACUUACUUAGUACAUACUAAUUCAUUUGAUCACAAAUUGGAAUUAAGGUAUUAUUAAAAUAUACUAUUUAUACAUUAUUAUUGUACAUUAUUCUUGUGCAUGUU